AUGGCUAGCUGCCGUGUUUGGCCGGAACCACUCUGCCCCGAGCUGUUCGGAGAACGGGUGGAGUAUGACGGCGCGACGAAGACUCUAGCGGGUGUCAUUAAGUUUGGCGCUGAGCUUGGCAGGGGAAAAUUCGGAAAAGUGCAUGCCGUAUCCAUGCCGGGAGUGCCAGAGGGAAUUGUAGCGAAGAUUCAAAGUUACCAGGGUAAAGGAUUCGAAGCCUACUCUGACAGAGUUGCGAGGGAGUUGGACUUCGGCUUCCAGCUGCGGCACCCGAAUAUCGUCGCCUGUCUCGGGGCAAUGCAGACUGAGACAUGGGCCAUUCUGUUUUUGGAGCGUGUAGAUGGUGUGAGCCUCGGAACCUACAUGUCACGUGGUGCAAUCUUCUCGGAACAACGGCUGAGGGGUGUUCUAAGUCAGGCACUUCAUGCUCUGCACUACCUGCAAACUGCACGGGUUUUGCACUUAGAUCUCAAGGAGAGCAACAUUAUGGUUUCACACAGCGGCGAGACCAAGCUGAUCGACUUCGGAGUAGCGCGCCAGAUUCCAGCAGGCCAGGACAAAAUAGAGUACAUCAGGCAAAAUAUGUACUGCCAUCCGCCGGAGAUGAACGAUGCGGACAUGGGUGGUGUGGAUCACAAGUCCAUUAUCUUCUUCUUGGGCGCAAUGCUCUACCGAUUGGCGGCACAUCGAUUGGCGCCAGAUGCUCAACCAUUCGGCAAAACCACUGGUCUGACAUGGCAGGAGCAAAAUUCGGCCAUGAUGAAUAGCUUCGACGACAAAGCCCAAGGUUUUAUAUUCCUGUCCUUUGGACUUCAAGCCCUAAUCAGAGACAUGCUUGCAUUCUGUCCCGACCUAAGGCCGUGCGCAGAGCAAGCGUUGCACUACCCAUGGUUCAAGGUGGCGGAUUAUUGCCAGGAGCCUCAGUUGAGGGUUUACAGGAAGCAAGAACGCCCCAGUUGCAUCAAAGAGUUAGUGCCCCACGUCUCAGCAGCGAUGUGCAGCCAGUUUGGCAUCGGAGAAGUACAGCUCCUGGAGAAAGUAUCGCUCAGGUACCAUUGGCAAUCGGUUGUAUACGAGUGCAGGACUCUCAGAACCAAUGACACUCAAGCGCUCUUGCCGGCCUGUUCACAGCCGUCAACAAACACAAAAGGUGCUAGCAUAUAA